GCGAGACCGCAUUUACGUCUCGAUUAUGAAAACUUUUACCUGAGUGAUCUAAUCAGUAAUUUUAUUAAAACUGUCUGCUGUGUUAAAUUUUAGUCAUCUUAUCUGGAAAUUUUUUUUAAGACCAGUUGUCUGCCAACGUGAAAGUUAUAUUUAAUAAAAGACGGGGCACAAUUCUGCGAAACAAACCUCACGAAUGGAACCUGCAACUUCCAACGGCCAGCCGUCCACCUCGGCAACGGAACGUCGUGUUCGAUUUUUUCAGGAUUAUAGUGUGUCCCCCACUCCUCUCUUCAACCGUGCGCUAGUUAAACAGAACAUGUUCAUGUUCAGUCCAAACGCCUCAACCAUCGAUCGAAUCACGGAAUUACGCCAAGAAGUGUUCGAGAAAGUUGAAGAAUAUUUUAAAAUGAUGCCCAUGGAUGAAGUUCACUUGGUGACGAAAGAAAUGUACUUUCAGUUCACUAAAUAUCACCGAAUUCUAUGUGAAGGCUUGAAUUUCACCGAAGAAGAUUUGACACGACUAACAGAUAGCGAAUUGGCGAUCGCGCUCGAUGGGAUGAAGAAAAUCGAGGAUAUUGAGAGAUUCAUCCAGUUUUGCCCUAUUAUGCAGGCACUGAGAUUGAGGCUCCAAGAACAGUGCAUUGACUACGUAGAAAUAGUGAAGGAACUCGGCGAGGCCUACAAACGUGUGCUUCUCAAGCUGGAAAUGCUUCAGAACUUCACCAGGAAACGAAGCUCUCAGCCCCAUGUAAUGCUUUAAGUACAGUUUAGUAUAGCUAUAUAGCUUGUGUUGUGACAGGUUGUGAUGAAGGGGACGCAUACACAAUUUUAGCUUGUGAGUCAAGAGGAAAAAAUAUCUUCAGGCCUAAUGAUUUUAAUAGAAAAUGAUUUCUUUUCACUGAUCGAAGUUCUAGUUUGACGUUCUUUUACCAUUGCACGAAAGAACGUGAUUUUACUCAUCUUUUAACAUUUAGCCAAAGACUGAGCCUUUGUAUCGAACCUCGCAUUAUUUUUUGUGAGUGAAAAGCGUCUACCAGUGCAAUUUUUGUCUUAUUUUCUGAAAUAAUUUUUAAUUAAAAGUCUCAGCAUAUUUCAAAAUUUAUAUUGACGUAGCUGCAGCGUGUUGAACGUAUAAAAACAUAAUGCCUUUUUACCUUGUAUCAAUUCACAUUUAUUACGUAAUGAUGAUACUGCGAUGAUUCUUCUAUUUAUAUAAGAGAUAUUACUGAGCUCAGAAAAUAAUUUUCUAUCCGAAAGCGUGUGAAAUCAUAAUGUGCCUUGCAAGGGUGAGUGAGAUUAAAGUUAAAAAUUUUAGACAAUGCGUUUUAGAAAAUUGAUCCAGAGUUUUUGCCAAUAAAUGGGAUAUUUUAUUCUCUGCUA